GAAAAUUUUCAUUUCCUUCUUCUUAUAUCUCUCUCUCCUUCCAUUAAAGCUGGUGGUGGUGUUUCAUAGGAGUUUGGACUUAGGACCCAUCUUAGGGAGAUGGGUCGAACGGGGGCGAAAAUGCCUAGUUUCUGCUUAAACAGGAUUAGGCCUCAUGUUCGAGUUCGAUCACCAACUGUUCAAUCCAAAAGCCUCUCAAAUAAUUCUACAAGAACUGAUGAUGAGGUGAAGAAUGAUUCUGCUGGCAAUGUUGGAGAAGAAAAAGGUGGUGAUUGUGCAAAACCGCCACCGGUGAUGACUAUUGGCCGGAAAAUCAUGAUUGUUGUUGAUUCGAGCCUUGAAGCUAAGAAUGCACUGCAGUGGGCAUUGACUCACACUGUUCAGAGCCAAGAUACAUUGAUUCUUCUCUAUGUUAGCAAGCCUUCUAAGCAAGGUGAGGAGUCCGUCAAGGAGAUAGCUCCAAGAGUUUCUGAAUUUCUCUGUUCUAUGAAGAAGAUGUCUCAACUGAAGAGACCUGAGGUACAAAUUGAGGUUGCUGUGGCAGAAGGCCAAGAGAAAGGUCCAGCAAUAGUGGAAGAGGCCAGGAAGCAAGGGGUGGCAUUACUGGUUCUAGGGCAGAAGAAGCAGUCCAUGACAUGGCGGCUAUUGAUGACGUGGGCGGGGAAUCGGGUUAGCUGCGGGGUGGUGGAGUACUGCAUCCAGAAUGCCAGUUGCAUGACCAUUGCAGUGAGGAGGAAGAGCAGGAAACUUGGUGGUUACUUGAUCACCACCAAGAGGCACAAAGAUUUCUGGCUCUUGGCUUGAACAACUAUUUGAAUAGUCUAUAGUCUUCUGAUGAUGAAGGGUUUGAUCAUACUGCAUAGUUUAUAUGAAUGUUAUUGGAUUGGUUGUAAAUUAUUUACAAAUGGAAAAGGAAUUGGGAGUGAAUGAAAAGUGUAUCGUAGUUAUCAAAUAAAGUUUGAUUCACGGAGACAACGUAGUUUGUUGGUUGACUUUGGUGGUGUUGUGGUGAUGGCCUGCUCUUUUGGGUUAGUAGUUAUAACUCAAACCAGGUAUUCCACAGUAGAAAG